AGCUCGAUCCACGCACAUGCCAUGGCGGCCUUUGCCCUAGCGCCGGCUGCAGGCUCAGCCACCAGGGUAGCCGCCCCAGCCACGCCAACGCUGGCGACACCGCUGGCAACACCUCAGUUGGAGCAACCCAAGCGGCUGGCCGCAGCUGCGCUAGCGGGGUUGGCCAUUGCCAGCAUUGCCAGUCGCCGCAGGCUGCCGCGCCGGCGGCCUCAGGCACUGCCUGAUGGCACCAACGAGGAGGGCGAGGAGGUGGCACCUUUGGAGUGGGCCCUCGAUGAGGUGGACGAUAUCGUCCUGUAUCAGCAGGAGAUGUCCCCUCCCUGCGUGAAGCUGAGGACGAUGUUCAGAUACUUCGGGCUGCCCUUCCGCACUGUCAACGGGCGACAUCCGACAUCUGAUUACAAAAAGAUCCCGGUCCUUGUCAUCAACGACCGUCAAAUCAAUGAUUCCCAUGUCAUCAUCAAGACCAUCGUGCCCUGGUUCACUGGCCAGCAGUUGACCCCCGAAGAGAUCAACUGGGAGAAGCGCAUCACCUAUGAGUUCCAGCCAGCCUUCGAGGUGGAGCUGGUGGGCAACGAGCGCGACGUCGCGCUUCUUUGGGCACGCGCCACCAACUUCAUCGGUGGUUGGCAACGAGGAGUCAUCGGCCUCGUUUCGCCCAUCUUGAGACUCGUGGUGGAGUCCCUCUUCAAGUCUCGGUACCCCAACAUGGAGCUUCCAAGCUCCAAGUUCGGCUUGAGCUUCCGCGCGGCCAUGGGGGACAAGGAUUUCUUCCACGGGGACAAGUGCGGGCCCAUCGACCUCAGCCUCUUUGGAACUUACGCAGCCUUCGCAGAGUGCAAUGCAACAGCGCGGUUCCUACAGGCCAGCAACCUUGAGGACUGGCACAAGCGGAUGACAGAGCUUGGAGUGGGCGACGGCCAGAGUCCAAGGGUCUACUCCAUGACCUGAGCCUUCGCCUUCCGCCGUGGGCGCGGGGCGCGCGCGGCGAUGCGCUGAGACCCCCGGAAUCCGAUUCUUCCCGCGCGCGGCGGGGG